AUGUUUUCAAAAUCCAAGCGAUUCCCUGAAGCUGGCAAGGAUUAUAUUCCUGGACCUGGUGAAUAUGAUUUGUCUAUUGAGGACAGAAACAGACACAAGAGAUUUGGAUUUCUUAGUCAUACUAAUCGAUUUCCCGAUGGUAGCGUUGAGGGCUCAGAAUCUAGUGAAUUUGAUGUCUCGGCACUUGUUGAAGGAUCUAAUGCUAGUAUGUCUAGUGAUACAAGAGUAUCUUGCACUAGCUCAAAUGAUGACAGCACAACACCUUCACCAACCAGAAAGAAAUUACCAAAUCCAAUAGAAACAUCCAAUAGUCAAUUUGAAAAAUAUAGGUACACAAUGCAAAAAGAGAUAGAUGCACUUCAAAUGAAAUCUAGAAAAAUGGAAUCAAAUAUUCAAUCUCUGGAACUCGAAAAGAAUGAUAUCAAAUCCACCCUGAUUUCAAAAGAUUUAGAGCUAGCUGAUUUAAGAGCUAAAAAUGCCACCUUACAAAAGACUUUGAAUCGUCCUUCAAAAGCUGUUCAGUUACAAAAAAAAAUUGACAUGCUUGAAGAAAGUCUGAAUUCGAACAAAGUUCAGCAUGAAAUAGAAUUACAGGAAAAGAAUCAAGCUAUUGAAAACUAUCGAACAGAAGCAGAUAGGAGUGUUUCUGUUAUCGCCAAUUUUGAAAAAGAGCAUGAGGCACUUGAAGCACAAAUAUCAGCAUUGUCGGCUCAAUUAUCGGAAUCUAAAAAUAGUGCAACCAAGAAUGAAUUACAAAUUAAUCUUUUGCAACAAGAAUUAAACCGCAUUCAAAAUAUCAACACUACAUUAAUGCAAGAACUGGAGACCUCUAAAAAUGAAACACAAGAUUUGAAAACAGUAAAUAAUGAACUGAUGACUUUAUCAGAAGAGCAAAAAGAACACAUAAAACAAUUAGAAUCCCGUGCACUUCUCAAAGAUCAGGAAAUUGUUACUUUACGCUCUACAGUCGAGGAAAAAUCAACUCUUUAUGAAAAAGUACAAUCUCAAUUCAAGGCUUACAGACACUGGAUAGAUAAAACUGUCAUUGUAUAUUUAAGAUCACAGAGAAAAUCUGUACAAGAACAUCAUUAUACGGAAUUAAAUGCUUUAUUAACAGAGUUGCAUGAUGCAAAGAAAUUUAUGAAUCAGCAAGCCCAGUACCUAGAUGGAUUAAAAUCGGAUGUUCACUGGUUAACUGUACAAAACAAGCAAUUAAAUGAUGCCUUGGUAAACACGUCUAAAGAUCGUACAGAACAAUAUAAUAUACAUAACAAAAAGACGAUUGAACAUGUUGACGUUUCAGAUACAAUCUCCUAUUCAAGCAGAUCUACUAUUUCAGAUCGCAGCACACCACUCGAUUCGAAUUUGAUCGUGCUCAAUGACUCUGGAUUUGGCCUACUUAUAGAUGAAGCCAAGUAA